CUUCCCUCGAUUAUUUAACUUGACAUCCAACAAAGACGCACUAGUUAUGGAAGUGGGGCAAUUUUCUAACGACUCUUGGAUUUGGAAAAACAUUUGGAGACAUGAUUUUAUUGGCAGGGAAAGGGACGAAGAACAGAGGAUCAAAGAGAUCAUCCUAAGAGAGCUAGUGUUAUCAUCCCAACCGGACCAAAGAAGAUGGAGCUUCGAUAUCGCAAAUGGCUACACGGUGUGCAAGGCCUAUUCUUUGAUGGCUGGUCAAAAUAGAUUAGUGGAGCCAAGAAUCUGCAGAAAGCUUUGGGGCAAAUUGAUCCCGUCCAAGAUCAACUGCUUCAGGUGGCGACUUAUUUUGAAAGGACUUUCAACGAAAGCAGGGAUCCUAAAAAGAGAUCCAAAGUCUGUGGAUGAGAUGCUACAACUGGUGGGAGAUAUCCCUAACCCUUCCUAACACAAUUUCUCUUUUAUGUGAAGCUCAUAGUAUAGGGAUCAAAAAGUGGGUAAAUUAUGAAGUUUGGUUUUUGAUUUUCUUGGUGGUUGCAUGGUCUAUAUGGUACACAAGGAACUCUAUUAUACACAACUCACAACAAUGGGAUGAGGAUACAACUUUUGACUUAAUUCAAAGGAGAACAUUUGCUUGGAUAAGGGGAAGAUCUACUAACACUAUGUUUCCUUUUUUCUAUUGGUGCAAUUCCCCUAAUACAUGUGUCCAAGAAAUUCCCAAGAGGUAGAUUUAACAUUGAAGUUUCUCAGUCAGCACUUUAGUCUUUGGAAUGAUUCCAUAGUUUGAGGAUGCUUUCUUUGUCUCUGAAUGUAUUCAUUAUUGUAUUUGCUAUGACUUUUUGAUGUUACGGGUUGAGUACGCCUUGUACUCCUACAUAUAAUAAUUUUUUAUUCAUCUAAAAAAUAAAUUUAUUUGUUUAAU